UUCCUUGGCUUCCAAGACGCGAAGGUGUGUGCUGUGAGACAGAAAUUUCUCUUGUUUGUUGUUGUUAUUGCCUAUUAUUUUGGCACGUAUAGAUUUCUGAGUGCGUGGACAGGUCCGCUUUGUUUACUUAAGUGGACCGGUGUUGUCUCCAUGAUCCGUGGAUAGUUAACUCGCAGAUGCUGGCAAAUACUUCAAAUAUUCUACAGAUGUGCAGUUUCGAUGCGAACAAAUCGACGAAAGGAGCGUCGAAGUUGCGCCGAGACCUCAUCAAUGCCGAGAUCGCCAAUCUGCGAGAUUUGCUACCGCUGCCUUCCUCCACCAGACAGCGGUUAUCUCAACUACAACUCAUGGCACUCAUCUGUGUUUACGUUCGAAAAGCCAAUUACUUCCAGCAUGUUUUUAGAAAACAUGAACUACCUCAAGAUAACAUGAUUCCUCAUUUUGGUUUUUCUAAGGCUUUGAGUGGUUUUUUGAUGAUGAUGACACAAAAUGGAAAGCUUUUAUACAUCUCAGAUAAUGCAGCAGAAUAUCUCGGUCAUUCUAUGGAGGAUUUGCUAAUCCACGGAGACAGCGUGUAUGAUAUAAUCGAAAAGCAAGAUCACCAAGCUAUUCAAACAGAAUUGAUGCGUAGUUCUAAUCCUUUAAACAUGAUGAACGAUACUCGUAUGUUCCUAUGCAGGAUGAAUGUGUCCCGCAACGCUCGCAGACAAAUGCGCUUCGGAGAUCAAAAGGUAGUGCUUAUUGAGGGUCAUUUUGUGAGUUUUUUACCUCUAUGCAGCCGGAAUGAACCCGUUUUCCUUGCAACAUGUACCCCUGUAGCCAUGCCAGAAACCCGUGAAUGCGUUGUUCAAGGAAGUACAACUGUUUUUACAACAAUACAUUCUAUGGAUAUGAAGUUCCUACACAUAGACAGAAUAGGAGAAUUUCAUCUGGGUUAUACAAAAGCCAGUCUUCAAGGAAUCUCAUGGUAUGAGCUUGUUCAUUGGGAUCACUUAAGAGAAGCACAGUCAAAACAUAGACUAAUCACGCAAUCUGAGCAGGAGCGAUCAUGCAUCAUUCUUCUUCGACUUCAAAACAGUUCAGGUCGUUGGUUGUGGGUGCAUGUCGUUUUACAAAUCAAAGACAGCACCGAUACUACGCAACAGUCCGUCAUAGUCUGCACUAACCAAAUUCUCAGUGAUAAGGAAGCUGCAGUGAUGCAGGCAAAUAGCUGGCUGUACCAGUAUUAUUCACUACAUUCCAAAAUGCAUUAUGGUUUGGCUUAUGAGGCUCAUCCCUCGCGCUUGCCUACCUACUAUUCAGCCAUGAUGCCAUAUCAUCCUUCUCCUACAGAAGCUGCUGUUCCUCCCUCACCUUAUCACCUUCAUCCCCCACCAUUAAAUGGUUCCUCGACAACUCAACCUCAACCUACAGCACCACCCACAGUAUUACAGUAUGGCGGAGUGCCCUACACAAGCCUACCAGCAGAAUCAGAGCAAGCAAGGUGGCCCGCUUCAGUGAAACGACCAGCAUCACCAACGUCCAGUAGUCCUAGCAAAUCUCCACCUCGAGUGACCUCUUCAUCUACCAUGCCUACUUCAAGUAUACCAAAUAGAACGUCCGGAAGUUAUCAAGCAGCGACGGCUGAAGUUGUAGUUCCUCCCUCUGCGUAUUAUGGAAGUACGCAAGUUUUUGCAGCAGUGUCUUACUCGCAUCUUGUCUCCUUACGUGAAAAACAAGUAGAUGAGGAAAACGUUGAGCAGUCUCUUACGCCUACUGAUACGGAGGAAGUGUCUGCCAUGAUCUCACUCUCAAACAGACCCUCUUCAUAUAUACCAAUUGCCUCAGUAUUAACAGAGAGCAAUCGAGUCUUAUCCGAUACUUGUAGCACAGAAGAUUAUAUUAAAAGACAGGAUGACCCCAACUGUAGAAACCAUCUUUUUUGUUCUUCCCCGAGGUCAACAACAAACCGAUUUGACUUUCCUUACGUCCGAUAUGGAAACGCCUACCCUCUAGUAGACCUAGAUCCUCGUAAAAGGUUCUCUAAAUGGGAAAAAGAUAUAAGGCAAGGCAGCUUCUGGGGAAGUCCGGAACAUCAUCCUCAUCAUCUAGGUCCUAUACAAGGUGAUUGUUUUCCUUAUAGUGAUGGUAGUUGGACUAAAACAUCGUUCCUUGAAACAAAUCCUAUGUACCAGGAUUUGAAUCAAGAACAAAACUUUAGAGCUCGAUUGCUGGGAUAUGAUAUUCCUAGAAGGGAUGAGAUUCUAAGGAUUUCGUCUGAAAAUCAGCACAGUAUUAGCAUGGACCAUCAACAAGAUGUGUAUGGCAGCGGCAAUCAUGCCAGGCCUUGUCUAGUCAGACCACCAAGUAACAGUCCCUCUCCUCACAGUAGGACUAGUUCAGAUUGUUGAUAGUUGAUGUCCAGCUUAUUUAUGGUUAUUCCAAGAGGAAAAUGAAGGUAUGGCACAUUGCCAGAAUUGUAGAUAAACCCAGUUCCUGGAUAUCAACCCAGUUACUACCUCAUCUCCCCAUGCCAAACGAAAUUACAGUUUUUACAGUGAUUGUUUCUUUGAAGAAUAAUGAAUAUCGAUGUUGAGAAAGCUUAGAAUAGCCUUUGGAAUGGGUUUAAGUGCACCAAAUAAUUAUUUCAUAAAAAAAACACAUAAAUAGCUUGAAAAAUUGUUUAAUAAAACAUUUUGUUUAAAGUUUUUUUUUUAAAGAAAGGUGUAU